UUGUCCUAUCACAUCCCAUCACCUCCAUGCCUCGGUCAGCUGUUUUUCCAUAUCUUGCACUAUUUCUCCGAGAAUGGUUUCAUUUUUAUUCCUCUGUUUGACUGACCUUUUCUAUUUCCUGUAGCUGUGACGUUGCGACUUGUCUCGUUCUUGGCUGAUUCAACUUGAGCACAGCUAACGUUAGCUGAGGUUGCAUCGUUGAGCUUUAGCGGUCACAGGAAACAUGAACAUGUUGUCCAAAUUAGAAGCCAAAUGGAUUAGUUUAACCCUGAGGCAACUUUGGAUAACAGCUAUGGCAGCUCCCAAGGUCCAUCUUUCCACACUUCCUCCAGAACCUGUCAUCCCCUCUAAGAAGCCUUUCAAAGUGGAGCUGGCUGGGGGAAAGCGUUACUCCUGGUGCACCUGUGGACACAGCAAGAAACAGCCUCUCUGCGACGGAUCCCACAAAACCAAAGCCCAAGGCUUGUCGCCGCUACGCUUUGUCCCCGAGAAAGACGCCACAGUUUGGUUGUGUGGUUGCAAGUACACAAACAACCCACCUUACUGUGACGGCACGCACAAGCAGGACUUCAUCGUGUCUGCCCCACUACAUGAGCAAACAGACUCUUGAAAAGGACUGAGCGUUAAUGUUGCUGUUGCAUUGGUACAUCAGUGCACUGUGAAAUCGACUCACGGAUCAUGACAGUGUUCACAGACAGUGUUUGAAUCUUGUGUCUUGUCAGUCUCAUCUCAGUGCUUGAUGGACCAAAAAGCCCUCAACUUCAUUUGUCCUUGCUUUCUGCCUUUUCUAUGUUAGAGACAAGGUUUCAUUAAGAACAGGCUCGGACGAUAUGAUGAUAAUAGAGAGAGAGAGAGAGAGAUUUUACCAUAUUGUUUCUACUGAAAGUGGCUGAAAGAUCUUUGUUGUAUUAGGCCAUUGUGGGCAAUGUUGCAAAUAAGCAGUAUUGGAAGUCCAUAUGAAAAGGUGUUAGAGAUGGGGUGUACUGGCUAAAAGGUUGAACAUCUAAAGAAUGGUUUAGAGGUUUAGGAGAAAACUGAAGGUUUGAUAGUGCAGAACAAAUACAGCUCACACCAGUAUGCAUCUGUCAGAGCCAGAGAAUAAGCUAGAUAGAUAGAUAUAGAAAGAAAGAGAAAUAAUGCCACCGUUGACUGUAUUGUUCAUAAUAAUGCUAUCAAAUAAAAACAAAUUCAGAAA